AUGUUCUGGCAGUAUUAUCGAGAGCAAAUACCAACGGUCAACUAUUCUACUCCCACUGUAGAAAUGAUACAGAAAUAUGUCCAUAAACUGAAGCAAAAUUUAUUGUACUGCUUGAAAGUGGAUCGGUACAAAUUGAUUUGGCAUUUUAAAGUUGAUCAAGAAGGGGAAAUGUACUAUUACUUGGAUGUUUCUGUUGUGAAAGAAUUACCUGUAUUCUACGCACAGUUUAUGGAUGAAAUAUUCGCAACUGCUAAUAACAUUUCUGCUAUGAGUAAGAAUCAAUUCGAUAAUCUGGUAGCUGAAUCAGAAUUGCUAGUGAAUUUUACGCAUACUGUUGGCAUUAAUAAAACCCAUCUAAUUACUUUACACGAGCCGAAAAGUAACAAAGCCAAGGAAGAGCCUGAAAUUGGAAUACUCUGCGCAGGAAUAAUUUCUGAAAUCUUUCCAUGGGAGCAUGUCCAGUCCAAUGAUCCCAUUGAUUUCAUGUGCAAAGCACAGGUGUCUUCAUUUGUAAUUGUCGACUUCACUAGAUUCACUAUUGACCUUGAAGAUGUCUUCAACUUUGAUUCCAGAACUGAUAUUGUGAUUUUGUUGAAUAAUGAAACAGAUGAUAUGAUUACUAAUUUCCGAACUGAUGCUCGCUGUUUGUUAGAUAUCAAGAACCAAUCAGUCGAGUCACUAAAGAAAUUUUUCGAGAAAGUUUUGAUUUUUUCUCAACCCCCUUUUAUGGAUGGUUCUUAUUCAAUAUUUAAUGUGUUAAAGAAAGAAUUGAAGCUUUUAAAAGUGAAAACUUCGGAACCUCUAGAACUAAUUUUCGGAUGUUCGGUAGAAGAUUGCUUAGAAAUGCUAGAAAGUGCUGAAAUACGAUUGUUUGGUGAUCGCUCGAGUAAAAUUCGUAAGAGUCCUGUGCAACGUACUCGAAUGAUGAUAAUGAACAUGGAACAGGAAGGACUACCUCUCGAAAGUCUGCAGGUCUCAGAAAAUGAUCAAGAAAUAAUCAAGACCUUCAUAGGACUACCAAAUGCACUGCGAAACUAUUUGCUGGAUUUAAUCAAACGUCAACCUAAAACAAAUGAAAUUCAAUUUCUUGUGGAAAAAAUGGAGGAUAUCAGUGCGCACAGCAAAAUCGCACCGCAGUAUUCAAACUGCUCUGAAUCUGAAUAUGCUCAGUUUGAGCAAUUAUUUGCUGCGAUAUCACUUCAAGAACAAAAUACAACACUAAAAUUUGUCAAGUUUAUUUUUAAAGAUCAUCUCAAUGUGUAUGACGAGAUAUCAUGUGCAAAACUGAAUAACCUCGAUGAAGAAAUAAAGAUGUUAACAAAUAAGGUUCAGGCAACACGGAAGAAACAACAAAGAAAAAUAUCACGCAUACGAAGAUCGCAUUCUGAAGGCGAAAAUUCCCGCCGCAGUUCCGUGUCGAGAAAUACUGAUAUGGAAGCAGCAAUUAUUGAUAUCGAAUUCCACGAAUCCGAAUAG